GGGGAAUGGUAGCACGCACUGUUAUACAAUGUUCUGACCGACAUCGAAAACACGUUGAAAACACGGUUUGUGGAUUGUGGACUCAAUGUCGUUCUGACCGACAUUUUGUGUUUUCGAUCUGUUUUCGGUGACACUUGAGACAUCAUUGUGUUUGUUUACGUUUAUUAGCAACGAAAAUGAAUUCUGACAAGAAAAAAACACUAGCGAAAGUAUUGGCUUUGAGAAGCCAAACAAAAAUAUUGUGCACCGAUGAUUCCAUAAGAGAAGUGAUGGAAGCUAUCACUAGGAGGCACUCAGCCCUUGCAGAGAAGAUCGCGAAAUUAAAGAAACAGCGUUUGAUCUUACUCAGUUUAAUAAAGGAACUUGGGAUGCCGAUCAAAUCGUGUUGGACAAAAGCUUUGGAGGAGUUGGAGACUAGGCGCCAAUACCCGAGUGAUGUGACAUAUAUAUCUGAUGACCCAAGUAAUGCAGAAAUGAUACGAUCUGCGCUGUGCACAUAUUUAAGCUCGCUGAUUUCUGACGGAUUGGGUGACAUGGUCGAUGUUGACGGCUCGGGAGACGACAUGGUAAUUGCCGAAGGCGAAGGUGUCGAUAUGCUAAUUGCUGACGGCGAAGGUGUUGAAGACGGUGAUGGCAAUGGAGAUCCAUCAACAACACAUGAAGAAGGAGAUGCAGCCGGUUCCUCCGAAAUUCGUACCGAUUCGGAGUUAGUGGAUCUGCAUAUUGAACUAUUGCCUUCUUAAAAUAAGCACAUAUGAUUAAAAAAAAUACACAAAUAUUAA